AUGUUCAUAAGCCUACAAGUAAUUGACACAGUCCGGGUGCCCCCGUCGUCACAAACACGGUACUUAGAAAGCAAGCUUCUGGAAAUUCUUACAGCCAGCUUCUGUGGACGCGUCUUGGCCAAUUGUGGCAUAUGCCUACUCAUCGAAAGAAUCACUAAUCUCAGCGAGCAGAGGAUUGUGCAUAAUGAUUGCAACACAUACGUGACUGUUUGCUUUUCAAUCAUCGCGUUUCGGCCCUACAUUGGGGAAAUCUUUACAGCAUUUCUUGUCAGUCAACACCCUAUGCACGGACUUGCCCUCAGCACUGGGUUCUGUGACACGAUCAUUGUACCACCUUCCAACCUUCCAGAAUAUCUUAUGUGGAAUAAUGAGCGUCAGGGCUUUACUAACUUACCCGACUUCGAAUCAGAACUAGACUUUGAACUCGGGGGUGAAAUUAAGAUCAAAGUGGUGGACGUCAUCUUCAGAACGAAUGAGGAUACUACCAGCAUGGGGCUUGGGAAUGCUCUAGAGGGGGAGGAGCUGUCCCAGGACCUUAUCGGCUCGUGGGGAGCAAUAGUUAAUAGCAAGAGUAAGUUUAUAGUAGUAGGGAGCUGUACGGGGCCUGGGCUGGGUGAUGUUCGAUGGUGGCGAGAAGAUGCAAAUUAA